GCCCCACCCGCCCCUGCGGCCCUACCUAGUCUGGGGCGGUGGCGCGGCUCCCGGGGCCAGGUUUCGGGCCUUCCUCGCACCCUCGCGCCACCAGGAGGCCUGCGGGGUCGUGCGGACGCCGCUGGAGCUGCCCGGGUCCACUGGAGCCGCGGGCGAGGGCGGGGCCUGCGGCUAGAGCUCGGCGGCUGGACUGAGUGCGGAGAGAGGGAUCAAGGCAGGAUGAAGAGGUUAUUUGUGCUCGUGCUGUCUCUCACCUUACUGAUUUUCUUCUCAGGGGCCUCCCCGAUUCUGACGGAAAAGGAGGCCAAACAGGUCCUGAGAUCCCGGCGCCAGGACAGGCCGAGCAAACCCGGGUUCCCUGAUGAGCCCAUGAGGGAGUACAUGCACCAUCUGCUCCGCCUGGAACGCCGUGCUGAAGAGCAGUUCCUGGAGCACUGGCUGAACCCCCACUGCAAGCCCCACUGCGACAGGAACAUGGUCCAUCCUGUGUAAGCAGCUCGGGACCAGCCCCCGCAAGCAUUUUGAUAAACAGCGGCGCGGAUACUAUUGAAACAAGAUGAGGCUCCUUUCGUUUCUUUUUCAGCUGUGGAAUGGGCGUCUUCAGGCUUUGUGAGUCGUGGGCACAGCAGAGGUUGCCUUGGGGAUUGAUGGCAGAUAUUUGUGCUGCUUCAUUUGACUAACGUGCACAACUCAUUAAAACCAAUCGUUAAACUCCAGGUCCCCCUCCCUGCCCCGCAAUGGCCUUCCUACCACUGUGGCAGGGUGAGCAGAGGGAGAACCUUUCCUGGGGCCGGUGGAGCUGGGGCCUCCAGAACAGGAGAGGGGUUAGCGAGCAAGCCUUGUUCUGCUAAGUGAAGCACACCGCUUGGGGCGGCUGGGGUUUUGGUCAUUGCUUUUUUUU